UCUCUGAUUGACUGUUUCCAAGGAGACCGCUGACACUGCCGAGAACUGGGAUAAGGCUCGGUACUCUAGGAAGACACCAUCAGAAUGUCGUUUUUGUUUGACUGGAUCUACAGAGGGAUUAGCAGUGUUUUACAGCUUUUAGGUUUGUACAGAAAGACAGGGAAGCUUGUAUUCUUAGGUCUAGAUAAUGCUGGUAAAACAACACUGCUGCACAUGUUGAAAGAUGACAGACUUGGACAGCACGUACCAACACUUCAUCCAACCUCAGAGGAGCUGACAAUUGGUGGGAUGACAUUUACGACAUUUGAUUUGGGAGGACACGUACAAGCUCGCAGAGUUUGGAAGAACUACCUGCCAGCUGUGAAUGGCAUUGUCUUUCUUGUUGACGCCGCUGAUCAUGAAAGACUUGCAGAAUCAAAGACUGAGCUUGAUGCUCUCCUUUCAGAUGAAACCAUAGCCAGCGUCCCAGUGUUGGUGUUGGGAAAUAAAAUUGACCGUCCGGAGGCCAUCAGUGAAGGAGCACUGAGAGGAGCUUUUUGUCUUGAUGGUCAGGUCACAGGAAAGGGAAACAUUUCUGUGAAAGAUCAGAACGUUCGCCCGCUGGAGAUUUUCAUGUGCAGCGUUUUGAAGAAACAAGGCUACGGGGAAGGCUUUAGAUGGUUGUCGCAAUACAUCGACUGACACAAAGGAAAAAUCAGAGAGGAUCUAACUGACACAUUCACAUGAAGCUUGAUGAGGACUAUCAAGAAGCAACAAUUGUCAUCACAUUUUAAUCAGAUUUUCACAUUUUAAAACAUUAACUUUCAUCAUUUAAAUUUCUCUAUGCAAACAAAUAACUGGUUUAUUAAUGUGAGAACGUUGCACAGCAUGUUUAGUACCUAAUUAUAUUAUAUGAAGAGCCAGAUAAGCUGCAGGAGUGUAGAUUUGUGUUCUGCUGUCCUGAAUUAUUUAUUGUUUAAAACAUCAGCUGUUUGAUUUUAUAUUUAUUAAUAGGUGUAUGAUGAAGCAUAAAGUCUCGCUUAUAUCGCGCUGAGUGGCUUAAAGCCCGUCUGAUUUCUAACAGAGAUGGCAGGGAUUUAGAUUAGAUUUUUGGAACCGUUCCAUGAACAAAUAAAGAAAUGGAGAGGAUUAAUUUUAAUCUGAAUUAAUCUGAUGAUACGCAAUCUCUACCUCCAAAGCACAAAGCCAAAUAUGUAUGGCAAUUUCCUGGGGACGAGGCAAUAGUCCCCAGGAAAAUAUCAUCUUUGCUGAGCACUAAACCAGAAUGACACCAAAUCCCCUUAACAAGCCAAAAAGGAAGGUACAUCUGAUAGAUUCAAGUUAAACAUCUCAUUAUGGCAGACGUUUGAAUUUCUUCUGCCAUUUAUUAAGGUUUUAUUUAUCCAAUAUGUUGCUCAGAGACAAAAGAAUAAGUACAAUAUCUAUCCUAAGAAUAUCAGUUGCAGAAGUCUUUAAAUAGGUUUUAAAAGUUCCCACAGAAAUUAGCCAGAAUAGCUUCCUAUAUAAAAAGGAUAUUUUCUCCUUAGUGUUAAUAAGGACGAACACAGCAGGUUAUAAACUGUUGCAAAAUGCUGCUGUAGAACGAUGCAUUCUGUUCAAUAAAUGUGAUAGAAAUGUAAAUCGCAGCAAUGGCAAAAAUCUAAAGAGCAAAGCUAAAAGAAAGCAUCUGCAUUUAUUAAAUGUUGCCUGACCAAAUUGUCAUUCAUUUAGUGAUUCGAAGACAAAACCCAGCAUUCUGACUACAGCACAAUGGCAGUAAUGAUGGCUUUCUAUUUACAUGUGCAAAAGCAAUAAAGCAAAGAAAAAAAAGCCAGAUGCAUUAAAACAUGUUUACUGAAUGCUCACUAUGAGCCCUAUCACCCAGACAAGUGUGUAGGAAGGUAGACUUGACUACAUUCAGAAAACUGGACUUAUGUUUAUCUCUUAUAGUGAAAGGUAACUUUUAAGCACAAUCACUCAAACCAGUAUUAGUGUCAUGGGUAAUGAGCACAGUACCAUUAAUGUGUAGCUUGCAAUUAAUGUCUUGAAGAAAUUAUUUAUUUAUAUACUGAAAAUGAAUGAAUGAUGGCAGUAAUAAUGGCUUCCUCUAAAAAUGUAAGUAAUAAAGAAAAAUAGCCAGCGGUAACGUAGCAUCCAGAUGAGUUUUUACAUCCUCUGGAUGUGAAAAUCAAAGACUGUAAUUAGUUCUCCGCCUGUUCGUCUUUUCAAUUUGUUAGUAUUAAGUGCAGCAUUAAAUGCAGCCUCCCCAUUCUGCCACUUCCUGUUAGUUAUGGUCUUUCUUUAAUUAAGCUCUGAUUUAAGUCCAAUUUAAAGUGGCGAAAAUUUAAACAAGAGCUGAAAAUUAAUGGUUGGUAAUAUCUUGAUGUCUAAUUAGUAUUUAGCUUUAAGUGCUUCUAAUGUACUUUUUGAUUAUCUGAAAAGAUAUGAGAGUGCACUUUAGGAGAUGAAUAAAAAUGUCUUUUGUGGUCCGUUUUGAAAGUAUCAUUUUGUAUGUUUUCCAUUGAUAGGAAGGUUUCAGUUUUUGUCUUUAAUAUACAGAAUAUUAUUAUACUGUAUGUUACAAAUACAGUAUAAUAUUUGAAUAUAACAUAUUUCUGCAUCUUUUAUUAACAAGGUAAACUUUUUAAAAAUUUGGUAAAAUCAUGAUGCAAAUAAGAAAUUAAUCAUUUAUUCAUAUUUUCUACAGGUUACAAGUGUUAAAACAUGUUUGCUUCCAUCUUUUUUUCAUUUCAAAAGCUUACUCUACCAGUUGCUCAACUUCCAUAAAUUAUGUAAAAUACAGAUAUGAAUUCUUGUACAGUUGCCAUCUUUGAGCAGGCACUACAAAGGACGAAUGUUGUUUGUAUUAUAAUAAAUAUUUUUGGGAGAAAAAACAUUAUGUUCAGUGAAUUUAAACAGAAGUUGAAUCCAGCAGAAUAAGAUAGAAGUCUAGUUCAUGUAAGUAAUUGAAAUAAUAAUAAAAUCUGAUUUUUAUA